AUCCAAUACGCUUUUAUAGUUUCAGUCUCUCCAAUUCAAAUUCAUAUUAUCUCUCUAUCUCUCUUUCUUUAUACGAGUACUUUUUAUACUUAUAAACCAAACCCCAAUUGGGUUCAAGCCCAAUCUUCUCUCUCCUUACAUCUCCCGAGAUUUCUUCGUGGUCAUCUGGUCUUCUAUAUCAGGUUUCAUUCCAACAUGGAAAUAACUCCUACUGAGAAUAAUGCACUUGUUAACAUGGAGAUGCAACUUGAGCCGGUUUUUCUCAGUGACCAAGCAAAUAAUGAAGAAACACAACCCCCGAAGCGUAGGAAAAAGAAGUCUAUGGUUUGGGAACAUUUUACAAUUGAAACUGUUGGUGAGGGGUGUAGAAGAGCUUGCUGUAAGCAAUGCAAACAAUCUUUUGCAUACAGCACAGGCUCUAAAGUUGCUGGUACUAGUCACCUCAAACGCCACAUCGCUAAAGGAAGUUGCCAAUAUGUGAAUCGUGGUCAGCAACAAGAACCAUCAACCCCAUUUAGUGCACCUUCAAAGUUGGCGAAUGAUUCCAAUGGCCUUACCACUGAUACACCUAAACGACGUUACAGAACUGCCAGUAUUUCUUAUACUUCAUUUGACCCUGACAGGUGUCGCCGGGAGAUAGCCAAUAUGAUCAUUUUGCAUGACUACCCACUUCACAUUGUUGAGCACCCGGGGUUUGUGAGUUUUAUACGUAAUCUCCAGCCGAAUUUCGAAAUGGCUAGCUUCAAUGCUGUUCAAGGUGAUGUUAUAGCAACUUAUCUUAGAGAAAAAUUAAGUGUUCAGAGUUUGAUUGAGAAGAUGCCCGGCCGGAUUUGCCUCACACUCGACCUAUGGAAUUCAUGCCAAACGACUGGUUAUGUUUUUGUGACGGGCCAGUUUGUUGAUAGCGAGUGGAAAAUUCACAGAAAGCUGCUAAAUGUUGUGAUGGAGCCUUUUCCUGAGUCUGAUUCGGCUUUCAGCCAUGCUGUGUCUUCCUGCCUUUCGGAUUGGAACAUUGAGGGACACUUGUUCUCUUUGACUGUAAACCAGCCUUUGAGUGAAGUUGGAACCACAAGUCUCAGGAAUUUGCUUUGUGAGAAAAACCCAAAUAUUCUUGGUGGUCAGUUGUUGGUUGGUCAGUGUUUAGCUCGUUCUUUAAGCAGUAUUGCAUGUGAGGCGUUAAAGGCCUGUCAUGAAGUGGUCAAGAAGGUCAGAGACUGUGUCAAGUAUGUGAAAACCUCAGAGGUUUUAGAGGAGAAAUUUCUCGAACUCAAACAACAACUGCAAGUACCAAGCAUGAAAACUUUGGCACUUGAUGAUCAAACUCGUUGGAAUACUACUUACGAGAUGUUACUAACAGCUUCCGAGUUGAAAGAAGUGUUUUCUUGCUUAGAUACCAAUGACCCUGAUUACAGUAAAGGACCAACCGGUGAAGAAUGGAAGCAGGUUGAGAAUCUUACCUCGUUUUUGAAGCUGCUGUUAGAUACGGCAAAUCUUCUGACGUCAUCAACCAUACCAACAACAAACACGUUUUUCCAUGAAGCAUGGAAAAUCCAGCUGGAGUUGACUCGUGCAGCCACCAGUGAAGAUGUUGCGGUUUCCACCAUUGCAAAACCAAUGCAGACCAAUUUUGAUACAUACUGGAAAAACUGUUGUUUAAUUUUGGCAAUCGCGGUUGUUAUGGACCCACGAUUUAAAAUGAAGCUAGUCGAGUUUAGUUUCACAAAGAUUUACGGAGAGGAGGCUGCAAGGUUUAUUAAUCUUGUUGAUGAAGGGAUACAUCAGAUGUUUCUCGAGUAUGUUGGUGGAGUAGAAGGGAAUGUGAAACAAGAGGACGUUGCAGGGCUCGGGCUAACAGAUUUUGACAUGUAUAUUAUGGAAACUACAAGUCAACAGUCAAAGUCGGAACUUGAUCAGUAUUUGGAGGAGUCUCUUUUACCUAGGGUUCACGAGUUUGAUGUGGUGGGUUGGUGGAAACUGAAUAAGGUCAAGUACCCGACGCUCUCAAAGAUGGCUCGUGAUAUAUUGACAGUGCCUGUCUCAACUGUAGUUCCUGAGAUGGUUUUUGAAACCGGGAGGAAGGAAAUGGAUCGUUAUCGGUGCUCAUUGAGACCCGAAACUGUGGAGGCAAUCGUGUGUGCUAAGGACUGGCUUGGUGUUGGCGUGGGUGAAUCAGGUGACAUGGUGAAGGCUUUGAAGAUGGAAUUCCCCAUUUGAUGUGUUGUAUGAUUUUCAUUGUAGCUUACCAGUUCAAUUUGUUUCUUAGGUUGCUUGAAUGCUUAUUUUUAGAUUUUGAACUGUGUUUCAUUUGUGCUCUUCUACAGUUCUACUUGCACUUAUUUUUGAUAAGUUCGAGCUUGUAGAAGAGUGUAUGAAACUAUGAAUGGAAGGUUAUCACUUUCUUUUGUCCUUA